CUCCAUACCUCCUUCAUCUCUUACUGUCCAUAGCUUAUCAGAACCAGGCGUAUCUAGUCCAUCUUAGCCUCAGAGCGUGGUAUACUGCUGGGUUACAUCCACGCCCAUCCUCUCCUUGAACAGCCUUUGUGUUCUGUUCGUUUCCUUGGAAAGAGAGCAUCCCGAAAUAUCACAGCACGAUGGCAGCUGUAGCGGUUACAACACCGGUCAAGAGCCACCAUGGAAUAUUCUCCUCAAAAACGGCUGGCGGCCGUAUGCCUCUGACGCCAUCUCCCCGGCAAAGAACAACAAGCCUUACUAGCAACGUUUCAAACGACUCUUCGCCUUUCACUCCCCCUGAGGCACCAAAAUCUUUCUACAACGGAAACCUCUCCACGCACUUUGCGAGAGCAAGAAGUUAUCGCGAUUCCCCCAAGUCAAACAUUGCAAAGGGUCAAAACUCGCCUCGGCCGCUUGAACUUGGAACUUCAAAAUGGACUUUGACAGGAACGGGACAUUCUGGUCAAACCCCAAAGAAACGUACAAAGAAGGGCACAAACCUGCGUCCCAGAACGACCAAAACCACAAUCCACCUCCCCCACAAUGCGGCCGAUAGAUUUAUCCCCAAUCGCUCGAGUGAAGGACUUGUAACCACCGGCACUGCAAAGGCAGAUGACCAACAACGCCCGAAACCUAGUGGCAGUGAUGGCUCCAGUGUCCUUGCAAACGCUGCUAGUGCUUUUAAUAUGGGAAGCCAUGAGGACGACCUUGCAGAAGCUUUGCAAGGGCUUGACCUAGAAGACAACGAUACUAAUAGCACCUACUCGAGGCCGGCCCCUGACGUGGUUGCAUACAAGUCCUCUCUGGCAGAUGCCUGUGAUAUCCCCCUUAAUACUCGAAUCCUUGCUUUUAAACCCCCAGCACCAGAGUCAUCAAAACCAAUCGACCUUCGGUCUCAAUACAACCGCCCCCUCAAACCUGCUCAUGCACAGUCGGCUCAAUUUCGACGAAGAGUACAAACGGCACCAGAGCGGGUUUUGGAUGCACCCGGUCUCGUUGACGACUAUUACCUCAACUUGUUGGAUUGGAGUUCAGGUAAUCAGGUUGCUAUUGGCCUCGAGCGCAAUGUUUAUGUGUGGUCUGCAGACAGUGGCUCCGUAAACUGUCUGUUGGAGACCUCCCCUGAUACAUACAUUAGCAGUGUGAAAUGGAGCAACGACGGUGCCUACGUCGGUGUUGGUCUUGGCACUGGUGAAGUCCAGAUCUGGGACGUCGAAGAAGGUACAAAACUGCGAAGUAUGCUUGGCCAUGAAACACGGGUUGGUGUCAUGGGUUGGUCCAAACAUACCUUGUCCACUGGUGCUCGCAGCGGCCUUGUUUUCAAUCAUGAUGUCCGUAUUGCUCAGCACAAAACGGCUGAGCUCGUUUCUCAUACAUCGGAAGUCUGUGGUCUGGAAUGGCGAUCAGAUGGCGCUCAGUUGGCCACCGGCGGAAACGACAACCUUGUUUCCAUCUGGGAUUCACGGUCUCUCAGCGCACCAAAGUUUACCAAGACCAACCACCGCGCAGCUGUCAAGGCUCUUAGCUGGUGCCCAUGGCAAUUGAACCUCUUAGCUACCGGUGGGGGAUCGUACGACAGACACAUCCAUUUCUGGAACACCACAACUGGCGCGAGAACCAACAGCAUUGACACCGGCUCUCAAGUCACAAGUCUCCGAUGGAGCAACCACUACCGAGAGCUCGUUAGCUCCAGUGGAUUCCCUGACAACUCUUUGAGCAUUUGGAGCUAUCCCACUCUCGUUCGCAACGUUGAGAUUCCCGCACACGAGACUCGUGUUCUCCACAGCUGCCUGAGCCCGGAUGGGCAGAUGUUAGCAACUGCAGCUGCCGAUGAGAGUCUCAAAUUCUGGAAGAUCUUUGAACGAAAGCCAGGCACUGCCGCAUCCGCUUCUCGUGAGGGUGGAGUCGGCAGCAAGGGUAAGCAGAUGACAAUCAGAUAAAUGUCUCUGCUUCCUUGGAUCUAUUUUAGUUUCUCUUUUUCUCGUCACACAGGCUGCAAGGUACGGUGUUAAAAGCGUUGUUUGGCUUUGGGAAAAUUUUUUAAUUGGUGGUGUUGG